AUGUGUCGACUUAAGGUGAAUAUGGGGAAUAUUUACUUUACACAGAAGAAUUAUUCCAAAGCUAUUAAAUUCUUCCGUAUGGGUUUAGAUCAAGUGCCUAAUACACAUAAAUUUAUAAGAAUUAAAAUAAUGCAGAAUAUUGGCAUAAGUUUUGUUAAACUUGGUCAAUUCAAUGAAGCUAUUACAUCAUUUGAACACAUUAUGCAAGAAGAACCAGAUACAAAAACUGGUUUCAAUCUGAUUGUCUGCUAUUUUAUAACUGGUGGUCGUAGUAAAAUGAAACAUGCAUUUCAGCAAUUACUUAGCGUUGAUCUACAUUUGGAUGAUGAAGAUCGUUACUUACAACAUAAUGAUGAUAAACAAUAUGAUUUAAUUUUAGAAGUGAUUGGUAAUGAUGAUCUGCGGCAGUAUGAGAAGAGAAAGAAAAUACAAGCAGAAAACUUCAUAAAGAUGGCUGCAAAAAUAAUUUCUCCAGCGAUUGAAUCCAGCUUUAAUAUGGGUUAUGAUUGGUGCAUUGAACAAGUGAAAAUGUCUUCCUAUCAUGAGAUCGCACAUGAUCUAGAAAUUGAUAAAGCUGUUAUGUACUUGAAACAGAAAGAUUUUCAUCAGGCAAUAGAUACUUUGAAGUCAUUCGAACGAAAGGAUACACGUUUGGCAUGUACAGCUGCUACAAAUUUAUCUUUUGUAUACUUCCUUGAAGGUGAUCUUCAACAGGCUGGUAGGUAUGCUGACCAAGCCUUGGCAGCUGAUCGCUACAAUCCUGCAGCUCUUGUUAACAAAGGCAAUGUGUUAUUUCAACAACAACAGUAUGAAAGAGCUCGAGACUGUUAUUCAGAAGCAUUACAGGAUGACACUAGUUGUGUAGAAGCUCUUUACAAUCUUGGCCUGGUAUGCAAACGACUAGGGAGGUACGAAGAAGCACUUGAAACCUUUUUCAAGCUGCAUGCUAUCCUAAGAAACAGUGCACCAGUAGUUUUUCAAAUUAUGGAUAUCUAUGAAAAGCUAGAAGAUCCUACUCAAGCACAAGAAUGGGCAAUGCAGUUACAUGGGAUGGUUCCAACAGAUCCAUAUCUUCUCCAAAGACUAGGUGACAGCUAUGAACAAGAAGGUGAUAAAUCUCAAGCGUUUUCAUAUUAUUAUGAUUCCUUCAAAUAUUAUCCCUGCAAUUUUGAUGUUAUUGAAUGGUUAGGCGCUUAUUAUAUUGAAUCACAGUUUUGUGAAAAGGCUGUGGCCUAUUUUGAACGCGCUAGUUUGAUGCAACCUAAUCAAAUUAAAUGGCAAUUAAUGAUCGCUUCUUGUCACCGACGAAGUGGAAACUACCAACAAGCAUUAGAAACAUACCGAAUUAUUCACCAAAAGUUCCCAGAGAAUACUGAAUGUCUUCAGUUUCUCGUAAGACUGAGUUCUGAUAUGGGUUUACCUGAAGCCCAAGAUUAUAUAAGCAAAUUGAAACGCGCAGAAAAAAUAAAAGAGGCAAGGGAACAACGCCAACUGUCAGCAAGUAGUCGUCGAGGUUACAGUCUUAGUGGCUCAUCCAAGACGACGGCAAGUCGUGAGAACUCAGCUAGUGCAAGCAGUGGAGGUGAAAGUCGAGAAAGCAGUGCGAAGUAUGAUAAUCGGCAUAGCUUUCAGAUGAAAAAAUCAUACUCCAAGAGUAAUUUAGCAUGUCGAAUUGAAGGCAAUCAAGAAACAACACUAGAUGAAACUGCAGAAAAUGAAAAUAUUGUAUACACUGAUCCUUUGGGACCAAGUGUUGAGAGACCACGAACAGCAGCACGUUCUAGACCUAUUCAAGAUGAAUUUGCCGAUGAAGAAGUUGAUGAGAACCUGUUACCAGAUUAA